AUGAUUACAGGGCAGUUGAGCAAGCCGCUGCUCUCCCUGCGCAGCGAGAUGAGCGCGGCAGAACUCCGGGCAGAGGACAAGGCGGCCACCCCAGACAGCAAGCUCAAUGACGAGCCCCUGCUCCUGUCCUCCGAGGCAACGGGCAGAGAGGGCACUCCCAACAAGCUCUAUGGAGCCCGUGACGGCUCUGUCCAGUCUGAUGCCAGCAACAGCCCGUCAGAACAGUGUCAUCUGGGUCAGUCUCACCCAGCCUACCCGGUAGGACCACAGUCUCUGCUGGUGGCCCAGCAGCUGGCCGGGGGGUCGCCAGGCCUGAACCAGCCCAUCCUCAUCCCCUUCAACACAGGCGGCCACCUGGGAGGCCAGCAGGGUCUUGUGCUUUCCCUGCCCACCGCCAAUAUCCAGGGCCUGGUGGCUGCAGCAGCCGCACAGGGCAUCAUGACGCUUCCCCUACAGAACCUGCAAGCUACCUCAUCCCUGAACUCCCAGCUUCAGCACCUGCAGCAGCUCCAACAGAUACAACAGCACCACCAUCAGCAACAACAGCACCACCAUCAGCAACAACAACACCACCAUCAGCAGCAUCAACACUCCCACAGCCACGCCCACAACCAGCUGUCAUCGCAGGGUCGCAUGACCCCGCCCGGCCUUCAGCAGUCUUCUGUCUCGGUCCCCUCCCCUGGAUCCGCCUCCUCCUCCACCGCCUCCAUGACUGGCUCUGGCCAACCGCCGCAGUCUUCGCCCCUCCGGCAAAACCAAUCGCCGGCCCGCAGCCUACCCUCACCCGUCACCCCGCCCAUGCCGCUGCAGUUGAACCCUCUGGCCAGCCAGGCAGCGGUGGCGGCGGCGGCUGCUGCAGCUAUGGGCUCCAUCGCCGGGUCCCAGGUCUUUGGCAACGCCCUCUCCAACCUGCAAGCUGGAGUCACGGGUCAGCUGGUCACCAAUGCACAAGGACAGAUAAUUGGAACGAUCCCACUGAUGCCCAACUCUGGGGGGCCCUCGAGCCAAUCAGGGGGCGGAAACCCUGCGCUGCAGGUCCAGCCAAUUACACCUCAGCUUCUGACCAACACCCAGGGCCAGAUCAUCGCCACGGUGAUCGGCAAUCAGAUCCUGCCUGUCAUCAACACCCAGGGAAUCACGCUGUCACCAAUCAAGCCUGGACAGCAGCUGCCUCAGGCUCAGCAGGUCCAGACAGGCCCAGUGUCGUCUCAGCCCAACCUGCUCCACAUGCCCCUCAGCCAGAGUCCUCUCCGCCAGGUCUCUUCCUCCUCAUCAUCGUCCUCUUCCUCCUCCGCUCUCAGUGUGGGUCAGCUGGUCAGCAACCCCCAGAUGGCUCCCAGCGAGGUGGAUGGGGUCAACCUGGAGGAGAUUCGGGAGUUUGCCAAAGCAUUCAAGAUCCGUCGCUUGUCCCUUGGCCUGACCCAGACUCAGGUGGGACAGGCGCUCAGCGCGGCCGAGGGCCCAGCCUAUAGUCAGUCUGCCAUCUGCAGACACACCAUCCUGAGAAGCCACUUUUUCCUACCACAGGAAGCCCAAGAGAACACUAUAGGUAGCAGUCUGACAGGCAAACUGAACCCUGGCCUUUUAUAUCCUGCCAGGUUUGAGAAGUUGGACAUCACCCCAAAAAGCGCCCAGAAGAUUAAGCCCGUUCUGGAGCGCUGGAUGGCCGAGGCCGAGGCCCGCCACAGGUCCGGCAUGCAGAACCUGACCGAGUUUAUUGGCAGCGAGCCCUCCAAAAAACGCAAGCGGAGGACCUCGUUCACCCCGCAAGCGCUGGAGAUCCUAAACAGCCACUUCGAGAAGAACACGCACCCCUCUGGACAGGAAAUGACCGAGAUAGCCGAGAAACUGAACUAUGACCGCGAGGUGGUCCGCGUCUGGUUCUGCAACAAGAGGCAAGCGUUGAAAAACACAAUAAAGCGGUUGAAACAGCCCGGUGACCUGGACCUCGGCCCGACCGCGCCUAUGGACCCUCUCUGUGAUUCUCUGGAUGAGAUCCCAAAAUGAACGACCAAAACAAGAGAUAAAGAGAAAAGUCCAAACAACAUGGUGGAUCAUGACCCAAAGUGGGAAGAAGAAUGAAAGAACAUUCCAGCCCUUUUAUAGAGUCAACUGAAAAGGACAGUUAGGAAAGUUUGCAAAUGAGAAUAUGUGUUAUCAGUGUGAUUACCACAGUUAUUGACCUUUGCCGAAAUCCCAAAAUAAAAAUAAAUAUGUUAGUAUUUGAUAGAAAAAGAUUACAAACCUAGAGUGUGCUGCUUCAAAGAGUUCUAGUUCUGGCCUCAUAGACCAGAAUAUUGUCCAAAUUUGGGUUCCCAUUAGGGAGAUUUUAGUAAAGCAAUCAUGCCAAAAUCAAAGACAAAAACACUAACUACUUACCAAAGUCUGUUGCAUCGGAAUACUAAGAAUAAUUUUUUAAGUGUAAAAGUGUUCUAAAUUUUUACAUUUGUACUGGCAAGAACAUCUAAGAUAUGUGUGUGAGUUUGGCUGUACAUUUUAUCUUUGUCUCACUUAAUUUCAUUAUCUCCCGUGUUUAUAUGUAAAUAUCUACUAAAUUGAAACCACAAUGUCAAAUUUGUCAUGUAAAUGCGUUUCUUUGCUGUUCAACAAUGGCAUAUUGUUUGUCUCAGACUCUUUCUCGUCUGCAACUAUUUUCAGUCACAGUGUAACUUUGUACAACUUUUACAAGUAUUUAUCGAUGAUUUUAUGAGAUUGUCUAUGUUUUGGAGGAAGGGUAAUAAACUGAAGGCUGUCUAAACAAUGAGGGGAUACUCUGUACCUAACCAUAUAGGUUCUGUCUCUGUGCACCGACUCUAUUGUGGAUAUGUCUGAAGCUACUGUAUCUCAUUCUGUUGCCAAAGCCUGAUAGCCAAAGAACACAUUACUUCAGCUCAAGAACAUAGGGGUAUUUUACCUUGGCCAAUAACAUGUUUUAGUUAUAGUUAUGUGCCUAAGUUCCCUUUCUCUGCUUAUUUUUACUGUACAGUUUAUUUCAUACACUGAGCUCAACUAAGUUACACAAAGGCCAACAGAAUGCCAAAUAACAUUUUGAUUCCAAACAAUUACUCUUUGUUAGUUCACAACCCUUUGAUAUUGCAAUAUAGAACAUGUGUUUUACUGUGAGGACUUUUCUGCCCAUCCCUUUCUGAAGUGUGUGUCUAGUUUUUUCUAUUUGAAGAAUUGCUCCUGCAUGUUUGAGAUGAACCACUUAUAACAAAGUUGGAUUUACAGAAAUCUGGAAACAAGACAUCAUAAAACACAAAAGGCAGCCCAAGUUCCA